GCUCUUUUUUUAGCUGGAGUUCAAUUCUUCCUUACAAUCGAUUCGUCAUACUUGGGAGUUCAAAGUGUGUAUGUGUUUGCACAGCUUGCCGGGUUUGCAGCAACGGUAGGCGUGUCGCAAUGAUUGGUUUCGGAAUAGGAAAGGAUUAAAACGAUAUAAAGGCUGGAGUUAGUGCCGGCUCUCCUAGAACUCUCCCCUGAAGCUAACCAAGGUAGCGGAGUUCUGUCGGGAAGCCCCAGGACUGGGAGACAUUGUGUUGAAGCAUGUCUCUGAAAAGGAAGGCUGAGUCUGCUGCUCUCAGUAUCAACGUGUUCGCAGCCCGAGCGCUGCAGGACCUGCUCAAAACCAACCUGGGACCCAAAGGCACGAUGAAAAUGUUAGUUUCUGGUGCUGGAGACAUCAGGCUGACCAAAGAUGGUGGCGUGCUAUUAAGAGAGAUGCAGCUCCAACAUCCCACAGCCUCCUUCAUUGCCAAGGCCGUGUCUGCUAUGGAUGAGAUGGUGGGUGAUGGGACCACCUCAGCUGUGCUCCUCAUUGGGGAGAUUUUGAAACAGGCCCACCGCUACAUUUCAGAGGGGAUCCAUCCCCGAGUCAUCGUAGAAGGGUUGGAAUUGGCCAAAGAAGAGGCAGUCUCCUGCCUGGAUGAACUCUGGGAAGAUGAUGAUGAGUUCAUCAGGAAGAAGGUGGCUCGGACCUCACUUGGAACCAAGGUUCACCCAGAGUUGGCAGAUCUGUUGGCUGAUCUGGUGGUGGAGGCAGUGCAUUGUGUUUACCAGCGUAGACAACCCAUUGACCUGAACCUUGUGGAAAUCAUGGAGAUUCAGCAUCAGACUGAGUGCGACACUGUCCUUAUCAGAGGGUUGGUUCUCGAUCAUGGUGCUCGGCACCCAGAUAUGAAGAAGCGACUGGAGAAUGCUUACAUCCUCACCCUGAAUGUGUCUCUGGAAUAUGAGAAAACAGAGGUUAACUCUGGAUUCUUUUACAAGAGUGUGGAGGAAAGGGAAAAGUUGAUAAAAGCAGAGCGACAGUUCAUCGAGGAGAGAGUGAGGGCAAUCAUAGCACUGAAGAGAAAGGUGUGUAGUGACUCUGACAAAGGGUUUGUUGUGAUCAACCAGAAGGGCAUCGACCCUCUGUCGCUUGAGAUGUUUGUGAAGGAGGGUAUUGUAGCCCUGAGAAGAGCUAAGAGGAGAAACAUGGAGAGGUUGCCACUGGCAUGCGGGGGUCUGGCAGUGAACUCCGUGGAAGAUCUAACUGAAGAAUGCUUGGGCCAUGCAGGGCUGGUGUAUGAGGAGACACUGGGAGACAGUAAGUACACUUUUAUUGAAAAGUGUGAUCACCCUCAGUCUGUCACACUGCUUAUUAAAGGACCCAACAAACACACCAUCACUCUGCUCAAAGAUGCCGUUCAGGAUGGCAUGCGAGCUGUGAAGAAUACCAUUGAGGAUGGUGCUGCCAUGCCUGGGGCAGGAGCUGUCGAAGUUCGCAUCGGAAGCCAGUUACUAGACUACUGUAAGGAUCAAGUCAAAGGUUGUGCACGCUUUGGAUUUCAGGCUUUUGCUGAUGCCAUUCUGAUUAUUCCAAAGACGUUGGCCCAGAAUGCUGGAUAUGAUCCUCAAGAGAUUGUGUCAAAUGCUCUGAGCAGAGAACGUCAGACGACCCUUCCAGUGGGCAUUGAUUUAUCCAGUGGUGCGCUAAUAGAUGACUGGGAGACUCCUGUGUGGGACAACGCUUGUGUCAAGCAUCAGCUAAUACAUACAUGCACUGCAGUAGCAAGCAACCUCUUAUUGGUAGAUGAGAUUGUCGGAACAGGAAUGAAUUCAGACAAAAAGUGACUGCAUCUGACUGGAUUAUCAAAAUCUCAUCACUUUUGCGACUGAAUUGAUUGUUUUUAAAAACAAGGGGCAGAUUAGAGAUUGCAAGAUAGUAAGAAAUAAAAAAAAGUUGACAUGGGAAAUACAAAACAAAUUUGGAAUGUCCAGAAUGCGAUUAAUGAUAGAUACAUCACACUCCAUUAUUUUGGAAAGAAUAAGUGACUCUGUGACUCUCUAAAGCCAUAAUGACUGUGAUUGAGUAAAUAUUGUCAAUUUGUCAUUGUUGUCCUAGACCCUUAUUCGUCUGCAUUAUUUCAGUACAGUCCUGUAAAGGAAUCAUUCAGUGUUGUGUGAUGAUACUGUGGCUUUAAGAGGUGUAUUUUGUCUUGGUGUUUUUUAUGAAGCAAGGUUGAGACAGAGGAGACAAGCAAUCUGCUCAAAGCCAAAAAAAUGUAAACAGCUGGGAGGCCUUGGGUUUUUGUUUUAAAACGUUGGAACAAUAAACGCAAUCUGGGUGAGGUCAAGCUCCCACAGAACCAGGAACAAAAACAGAAGUUGCUGGAAAAGCUCAGCAGGUCUGCCAGCAUCUGUAAGAAAAAAUCAAAGUUAACAUUUCGGGUCCCUUUGACCCUUCCUCAGAAGGACCCAAAACAUUAACUGUGAUUGUUUUUUCUUUUUUUUUCAAGGAUGCUGCCAGACCUGCUGAGCUUUUCUGCAACUUUUGUGUUUGUUCCUGAUUUACAGCAUCCACAGUUCUUUCGGUUUUUUUAUUUAAUAUUGCACAGAAGCAGGAUUUUUAGUUUUCGCUUUCUGCAGUUGCUAGGGUCUUGAAGCUGAAUGUGGAAGUUGUCAUUCCUCUCCCUGUUACAACUAAAAGCUGGGAUUCUCUUCCUGCUGCUAGAAUUGCAAGUAAGACAAUGUGUUUUACCAAUUUUUACCUUUGCUAUAUUGGAAUCGUUAAUUAUUUGUAGUUACUAUAUGUCUUAUUUUGUUAAGCAUUUGGCUAGAGUUAUAGUUAAGCCAAUACUUUUCCAUAAUUUUUAUUUUGUCUGUACUCUAACUGUAGAGUAAAAGUAAUGUGUUUUGCUUAACAUCGAGUACUCUAGAAUGCAAGUGGAAUGCAAUGCCUUACACUUACCUUUAAAAAUAAGAAGAGGUUAGGAUCUAGGCUGUCUUCCUAAUAUAUUUUGAAGAGGUUUGGUUUGGUCCAACUGGAUUCAAGAUGAUGCCUGUAUUUUUCUUAAAGUGAAAUAA